UGCAGCCCAGCUAAACCUCUUGCUGUCUCAAGUGUGCAUUUAAACCCAGGUGAUUUGGACUGAGCAGCCGCGAUGGCGUGGACGCCUUCGCUGAACUCGGGGCUGCAGUGCAGGGAGCUCAGAGCAGUGCUGCUACCAAACAGUUUUUAACUUUGAACUACUGUGUCAGGCAAUGGAGUUGAAUCUUAAGUGUGUUAAUAGCUGUGCUCUUUGUCGUAGGGAAAAUCCCACUGAAGGAGCCUCUGUGCCCUGCAGCCAGUAGCACGGCUGAAGCAUGUGUUGGCCGAGGAAUGCCUGUCAUCCAGGUGCCCUGCAGCCGGCAGCGCGGCUGAAGCAUGUGUUGGCCUAGGAAUGCCUGUCAGUCAUCCAGGGCUCUGGGAGGGGAGGGGAGGAGAGUUGUGUCCCCGAGAACAGCAAGUCCUUUACAAAGCAUCCAGUCUCUUCCAGUCCUCCCAUUCCCUAGGUUGGGGUAGGGGUUAGAGGCUGGUGGCCCAGGAGGUCACCUGCCUUGCCCUGGAUUCCCUCUUCAGUGGCCAGGAGGAGGACUUGGCAGGGCCACCAGCUCGCCAAGGUUCUGGGCGGGGCUCUGGUCUCUCCUGCCUGCUCCUUGGCUCUGCUGACCUUUCACAGGCCUGACAGCAGACUCAGCAAGGCCAUCCCAGGACACUCACCUUCUGGCUGGCUCCCUACCAGCACCUUGCCCGGCAGCUUCUCUUUUGGCCCCAUAGUCACAACACUCCACUUGGUCACAAAGACUUUAGAGCAAUAAGGGGCGUCCUGAGCCUUCAGCACCUCCCAGGCCUGGGAUGUCAGGUUUAGUGGGUGCUGCGGAGCAGCAUGAGGGCGGCUGUGCCCAUGAGGCUGGUGGCACUGACACUGGCUUGGCUAGGUUGGCUCAAGCCGGGUCUGGCCUGGCAGGGUGCAGUCACACCAGGAGUGCAUGGCACAUCCAGGAGUGCAUGGCAGGUGCAGCCUCGGCGAUGCCUCUCUUGCCGGGUGGGGGCUAGGAGUCCCUGUGCACCCUGUCUCUAGCCCAUGAGGGGCUGCAGCACUGUCUGCACCAGAGCACAGAUUAAACUCUCAAACCCACACUGGCUCGGGUGUCCUUGCUCUCGCCUUGCAUUGGCCCGGGCGAUGCCGUCUCGCCGCGGGUGGGAGGAUUCAAAGUAGAUGGGUAGCUGGGGUUCCAACUCUGGAGCUGGAAUGGCAACUGCCCACUCCUGGCCUGGGUCAGAGGAAGAUGUUGUUGAGAAUGAGGGAAAGCCAGGCACAAAGGGAAACCAGGGAAGGAAAAGGCCUCAGAGUGAAGCUGGUGGGCUGCCAUGGCAGAGAGCCCAGGCAGGGAGCAGAGCUCAGAAGUAAUGCUGGGCCGGGCGCGGUGGCUCACACCUGUAAUCCCAACACUUUUAGGAGGCUGAGGCAGGCGGAUCACUUGCGGUCAGGAGUUCAAGAGCAGCCUGGCCAAAAUGGUGGAAACCCAUCUCUACUAAAAAUACAAAAAUUAGCAGGACAUGGUGGCAUAUAUCUGUAAUCCCAGCUACUCAGGAGGCUGAGGCGUGAGAAUUGUGUGAACCCAGGAGGCAGAGGUUGCAGUGAGCCGAGAUCACGCCACUCCACUCCAGCCUAGGGGACACAGCAAGACUCCCAUCUCAAAAAAUAAAGUGCUGGGCGGGCCCCCGAGGCUGGCCUGACUAUUCCGGGGGCACAGGCACAGCAGGCUGCCUGUCUGUGGUCCAGCCUUCAGGAACCCCCUGGACUUGGGUGUGUGGGGGCUGGGAAGUGGCUGGGGGUGCAUAGUCCCACACCUGUCAUUCACUGAGCAGGCAUUUAUUGACAGCUUGUGGUGUGUCAGGCCCUAUGCCCAGCUCUGGGAGUCAAGGGUAACCUGAGAGACUCAGGCCACUUUAGGAAAAUGAAAUCCACCCCAACCACACUUAGUGAGUCGCCCUGGCCGGGCCUGGACUGCCCUCCAGUCAGUCAGCUGGACUGGAUUUCCACUCCGCCCAGCCCUAUGCCUCCCAGACCCUGAUCUCCAGUCUGCACAGGCCAGGUGUCUGGAGCCGGGCCUGGUGACAGGCAUCCCCCAGGUGGGAGGAGGGGACUGUCCUGGCUCUGACCUGGAUAUCAGAUCCGGAGCUGAGGGAGAGGCGCGGGGUCAGGAGGGGGGGCGUUCUGAGUUUCCCCGGCCAAGGCUGCAGACAAGGGGCGCAGACAAUCGGCACAUUGUGAGCAGGGGCUGCAGGAUGAAGCCAGCGAACUGCCGCGCUGAGCGCCCCAAACCUGGGCCUACAGGGGUGAGUGCCUCCCAUCACUCCUGCAGCAAAGACCCAGGGGGUGCCCCGGGCCACCCAGCCCCUCCCUUCCCUAGCCCACUGGCUCCCUGAUCUCUAAACCCCAUGACCCUUCUGACCCUAAUGCGCCCCCAGGUGAAGACCAAGCCCACCUGUGGGGGCUGGAGAGCCACGGGCCUAUCCCUGUUGCUGCUGCUCCUGGCGCUGGCCACUGCGGGGGCUGUGGCUGGAGGGCUUCUUGGCUUCGCUCAGGGCCCUCCCAAGCCAAGGCUGCAGACGCUGCGAAUGACCCUGCCAAGCCCCCACAUGCCCCGGCCCAACCAAACCAUCCUGGUGGACGUGGCCCAGAACGUGGCGACCAUCACAGUGACCUCACCUCAGAGCAACCACAGCUGGGUGGUGCUGUUCGACGGGCAGAGCGGCUGCAUCUGUUACCGCCCUGAGGAGCACCAGGCCUGCUUCCUCCGCCUGAUGGAGGACAGUGAUCGGGAGACCCUGCGGCUGCUGAUGGAUACCUCCAAGGUCCAAGAGCCUCGGGGCCCUUCCCAGGACACCCAACACACCCAGGAGCUGCUGGCGGUGCAGGGGAGCCACGAGGUGGACCCUGCCCAGGUGGGGGAUUUGGUGCAGCGCCUGUGCACAAGGACCCCCAUCUACUGGGCCCGGCGAGCAGAGGGUGAGUCAGGGCCGCUGUGGGGGGAGGCCAGGCCCUCGGGAUGGUUUGAUGAGCUGGGGGCGGAGCCCUUGGGGAUUCACGGCACCCUCGCCACAGGGCCCCGGAGACAGCGGCUGAUUUAUCUGUGCAUCGACAUCUGCUUCCCAAGCAACAUCUGUGUGUCAGUCUGCUUUUAUUACCUCCCAGACUGAGCCCCGACCUGGCCCAGCCCGGUCCCUGUCCCCAGUCCAGCGGGCUAGCCAGGUCACCCACACCAGGGAGGACAGCUGCCGGCAGGGACUAAUAAACCCUUCCACCUGG